CUAGUAAAAACAGUGCUACUCGGAACUUCUCUAAGGUUUGAAGCAAUCGUUUGAUCAACAGCUUGAACAAGAUGCUAGACUUUGUGAUUUUUGCGGCAACUUUUCUUACAGCCUUAUUGAUAGCCACGAUUUACUUUUAUCCGGGAUCUAGAAGAGUUACAAGAAUACCAGGUCCAGAGCCUACCACAAAAGAAGAUGGGAACCUGUCUGACAUUGCACGGGCUGGGAGUCUACAUCAGUACCUGAUGAUGCUUCACAAACAGUACGGGGACAUCACAGCCUUCUGGAUGGGACAGGAACUGGUGGUCAGCAUCUGUUCUCCGGAACUCUUCAAACAGCACGCAUCUGUGUUUGAUCGACCACCGUCCUUAUUUGAGCUUUUUAAGCCAUUGCUUGGAGAGAAGUCGCCCCAGUAUGCCAACAAGGCUGACGGUAGAAAACGUAGGAAGUGUUAUGAUUCUGUACUGGCCCAUGAUUAUCUACAUCACUACUACCCAGCUAUACAGGAAAUUUCGGAUAACUUGGUGAAGAAGUGGUCAACUAUAGCCAAAGACGAACACAUCCCUUUGGCUCAGUACAUGAACGGGUUUUCUUUAAAGGUUGUGCUGGUCAGCUUGUUUGGAAAUAAAGCCUGGAGUGAUGAACAGAUUCUGGAGUUCAUCCAUCAGCAUGACAUUGUAUGGGGGGAAAUGGAAAGAAGAUUAACAGAUUUCCCAGAGGAAGGAAGUUCAAGAAUAAAAGCUUUUGAGGAAGCAAAAAACAGGAUGCUAGAGCUUUUUAAGAAAAUUAUAAAGAAUCCCAAGAAACUGAAAGACGCAGAUGAAUAUUUGUUCAUAGAUGCACUACUAGAUAGCACCACGGAUAAAGACCAGAUCUUCUCAGAUGUCAUUACAUACGUGAUUGGAGGUUACCACACAACAGGAAAUCUUCUAACAUGGGCAGUAUACUUUUUGGCAACUUAUCAAGAUAUACAGGAUAAAGUCUACAAAGAGAUCAGAAAAGUUCUUGGUAAAGAGGAUGUUAACCCCAAAUCAGCCAAGGAUUUGGUGUACCUAAACCAAGUUAUUGACGAAACUUUAAGGUGUGCUAUAGUGGCUCCUUGGGCUGCCAGGUAUCAGGAUAUCGACUCGGAACUCGGAGGGCAUAAAAUUCCAAAAAAUACUCCUGUAAUUCAUGCUCUUGGUGUAAGUCUACAGAAUGGGAAGUACUACCCUGUUCCCAACAAGUUUGAUCCAGAUCGAUUUAGUCCUGAAAACAAGAAGUCGAGACCAACUCUUGCCUUCCAGCCGUUCGGAUUUGCCGGCAAGAGAAUGUGUCCUGCAUACAAAUUUGCUUAUGCUGAGGCCAUCAUAGGACUUGCGACCUUGCUUAGAAAGUUCAAAAUCAGAAUGGUUGAAGGUCAGGUCGUCACACCAGUAUACGGCUAUGUCACUCAUCCAAAAGACGAGAUAUGGGUCGAAAUUGAGAAAAGAUAAACUGGAGUACUUUUAAAAGGUGUUUCUUCAUUUAAAUUGUUAAUACAUUAUAAAAAGUGUUAAUUAUGUAAAUACAGUACUAUAUAUCAUUUUUGCUAUUUGCAGGAUUAUUUGUAUUAAGAAAAUACAGUGUAGAACUAUGGGAAUUGGUAAUUUUAUUCCUAAUAUA